AUGAUGGAGGAGGUGACCAGCCGACCCAAUGUGGAGUAUAUCCCCCCGCUCCCCACUAAAGUAAAGCAAAUUACCGGAUCGACUACUUUUACGCAAAUAACUAGCGAUGAUACUAGCCUCAGAGUGAACGGAUUCGAUAGCCGGUCAGACAUGGACUCUCUAAGUUCGAUGCACUCGCUUGUCCUUAAUUCGAAGACACCAGCAACAACGGUAUAUUUAGCGGCGACCCAGCCAGAGCGACCUGCGAGUACACCUAGCUCAGACGUACUCUCAAACGGACCACAUGUAGUUACGAUCAGAAUAAACACAGAUGCGGAUAAACCCAAAGCGCCAAAAAUCUCGAGCGUUCAUCUCAAAAGUGACGUAGAUUUAGACACCUUCAAGUUAACGGAAACAAACAAGAAAAACAGCAGCUUAGUCACACUGAAUGUAGAGGAGAACCGGCCGAAAAUUUUGGAUAAUGAGGAUCUUUCUAAAGUGGAUAAGCCACCGUUUAUUUAUUGUAAUUCGUACGUGAACACAAUGUCAAACAUUGUGAUGUCGAGUGGUCAGUGCUCUCCGAGCGAUACGUUAGAUUCAGGGACGUGCAGCGACCUUGAUGGGACGCCACCGCCGCUUCCCAAAAAGAAAACGUCUAAAUCAAGCUCUGGGAACAAAGCCGUCUCUGUUACGGUAAUUAGCCAGUCAAGAAACCAAAGCGAGGUCGAUUUCGAAGAUAACGAUUCUAACAUAUCGUGUGACUCGUUAAAUAGUAGCGAGUUAAAUGGAAGCGUGCACGCCGACGAAAGUCACAGCGACGACGCGAGUAAAAAAGAAAAGAAACAGUCUUCCGAGCCAGCGCCAGAAGCGCCUGUCAAAGUGAACAAUAAAGAUGGUAGCUUUCUACCGCAGGGUCUCCUACAAGACAUUAGAGAUCGUUCAGCGAAAUUAACAACGAUUGAAACCGAAAGUAAAAUACAAACUGAGCGAAAUGAGGAAGUAAGCCAGAAUAUUAAUGAAAAUGUAAAUUUAUCGAAAGAAAGCGCUCAACUCACGUCGUUCCGUCUAGUUUCCCAGCUUAAUAGUGAAGUGAAGAAAAACAGUGCGGAAUCGUUGCCGGCGACUGUCGCCAAAACACCCAUAAUUAGUGAGAGUACGUACGAAGAAAGGAAGCAGUCGGAUAAAAUGAAGGACGAAAGUAUUUGUUAUAGCAGCCAUUAUUUUGAUACGGACAAAUUUUAUGAUUUCCACUUAAACGAAAAACAAUUUGAUGAUGUGUCAGUGAAAAGUGCUAGUGAAGAUAAUAGUGCGCGUAAUGAGAUUUCCGAUAUGGAGUAUUUUGCGGGAAUAAAAGAUUAUAAGUGUGAGGAAGCGCCUUCGACUAUUAAAAGCUCGAAAGGGACAAUACGUGGAGUGAAAAACCGAGUUCGUGCUGGAAUCGCCACAUUUUUACAGAUGCAGAGCACAACCAAGAGUUACAAAGAAAAGGAUGCUGGCAAGGUCGUGUUAUAUACAACGACUAUGGGGAUCGUACGUAGCACGUAUCAGAGAUGUCUUCUGGUCAAGAAGAUCUUGAGGAAUCUACUGAUAAAAUAUGAAGAGCGAGAUGUCUUCAUGAGUACUGAGUACCAGGAUGAGAUCAGGGAUAGAAUGCGAAGCGAUCAAAUACUGGUGCCACAGUUGUUUAUAGACGGGCAGCAUGUUGGGGAUGCAGACACAGUUGAAAAACUAAAUGAGAGCGGCGACCUGAGGAAAAUGCUAAAACCAUACAAGAGUCCCGAUGCUUGCAACACUUGUCAAAUCUGCGGAGGCUUCCGUCUCUUGCCGUGUCGAAUCUGUAAUGGAUCUAAGAAGAGUUUGCACAGAAAUCAUUUCACUGCUGAAUUCGUUGCUUUGAAAUGCAUGAAUUGUGAUGAAGUCGGCCUCGUCAGAUGCGAAGCGUGCUCU